AUGGACCCCAAAACAGACAAAAGUUCUAUUCACCAGCAGUUAAUUGAUCAUGGCUUACCUGAACAAGUUAUUGAAGAAAUUGAAAAUUUUCAAAAAACAGGGUUGUUUAGUGACACUGACCCAGAUGAGCGGGCCUGUGAGGCCCUGAAGGAGCUAGGAGCUACUGAGGCCCUUAGUGUUUUAUCUGAACUGAAGCAAUCACCAAAUAUUGAACAUGUAUCUAACAAGAGUGCCUUAUUGUGCAGUUUGAUCAAAGCGUACAGACAGAAAGUUAAGCAGGGGUUGGAUGUCGGGGUGGCUGUCAAACGACCUGGCCCUGAUGAGGUCAAGUUGAAGAUAUUUGUUGGUCGAAUUCCUCGCGACAUGUUCGAAGACGUUCUGGUUCCUCUGUUUGAACAGUGUGGCACCAUCUGGAACCUUCGCCUCAUGAUUGAACCUUCCACUGGAUAUAGUCGAGGUUUUUGCUUUGUCACUUUUAGCACAAAAGAAGGGGCCCAGGAAGCUGUGAAGAAGUACAACGGUUACGAAAUAUCUCCUGGAAAAUUUCUUAAAGCAAACAUAUCAGUGGCCAACGUCAGGCUUUUUGUUGGAAACAUCCCAAAAAAUAAGAGCAGGGAUGAUAUAUUAGAGGAAUUCAAGAAGCAUGCUGGUUUGUGA